AUGGCCGGUGAUUUCAACUGCGUGUCGACAACGUGGGAUGACUAUGAGCAUGGCAAGUCAUCGACAGCAAUAUCAUUGCAGGAUACUGCAUCUCAGAUCGGCCUCGAGUGGGCACGACCUUCCAACCAUGGACCGACGAGGAUCAGUCCUAAUCCAAACCAGAGAUCCAACGUGUUGGAUCUUGUAUUCUUGGCUCCAUCUGAGAUUCUAAUCUCGAUGCCCAGAUUGGAGCACGAUCUCCAGGGUCCAUCAGAUCAUGUCCUGAUCUGUGCAGAUCUUGAUAUCGGUCCCGAACUGCCUGGAUCUGGGCGACGGACAAUUAAACCCAGAAGCGAGGCUGAGAAGUCUUUCAUUUCGGACAUUCUCCGGGAUCUUGCAGCUAUUCCUGUCGCAGCCCCGGCAACCAAGGAAGGCGUUGAAGCUUUAGCUGAUGCUAUUGCGACAGCGUUCUCGGACGCCUGGCUUGCCCAUUCGACCGAGUCCAAACCUACCAAGCGCUCCAAGUCCUGGUGGACAGACGAGUGCUCGGAAACAUUCGGAGUAUACCAGUUGAGCCGCUCGCUCACUGAUUACAACAAGUUUAAGAAGGCGUGUAAGGUCGCCAAACGUGAUUUCUUUGAUGAACGUAUCGCGGAGAUUGCUACUUCUUGCAAGUGCCCGUGGGACCUAAUGGAAUGGGUCAAACAGCGCAAGCUACCAGCCUGUGAGGCUAUUCGCAAUGGCGACCAGCCUUGUCAUGAUAUGGACAACCUGUGGGACACCCUUCACGGCACGUACAACUCGGCCUCUGGUUGCGAGUACGACGCCUCAGUCUUAGAUGAGCUUCCCGACGAGCCGGUCCAUGAGUGGGCUGACUUCUCGGAGUAUGAGUUGUUGAGUGCUCUAAAGGGGUGCUCUGACUCCUCUGCACCAGGACUGGACCAUGUUACAUGGGUCCACCUAAAGGAGUUGCUCAAGGAUAAACACGUCCUUGCGCUCUUCAUCGUGCUAGCCAACGCGUGCCUUCGGGUGGGCCACUGGCCGCGUAUAUUCAAGGAGUCGCUAUCGGUUAUCGUCCCAAAGCCGCAUAAGCCCUCCUAUGCUGUGCUGAAGGCCUUCAGGCCACUCGUACUCCUCAUCACUUUCGGUAAACUUAUCGAAAAGAUGAUUGCCAAUAGGAUACAGUUUGACGCCGUCAAGCAUGAUAUCUUCCAUCCCAACCAACUUGGCGGUAUCCGCCAGAGGUCAACUGAGGAUGCUGGAUUGAUUCUGACCCAUCUCGUGCGAGCAGGGUGGGUUAAGGGUCUCCAGACUAGCGCGCUGGCUUUUGACAUCGCGCAGUUCUUCCCUUCUAUUAACCAUGAGAUGUUCAUGGCUGUUCUUUGCAAGCAAGGGUUUUCGCCUGUUUUGGUGGAAUUCUUUGCCUCUUACCUUGUAGGCCGCUCCACAGUUUACUGUUGGAACACCUUUCAAUCCGACUCACGGUCUGCGGACGUGGGUGUCGGGCAGGGCUCAGCUCUCUCGCCUGUCAUCUCUGGGCUGUUCAUUGCUCCGGUAAUGAAGCUCUUUUACAUCAAAGCGGUGCCGCUCAACAUGAUGCUGCUGUCCUUUGUGGAUGAUGGGACCAUCUUGGCCCAAUCCAAACAGCUUGAUGAUAAUAAUGUGGGCCUGCGUGAGGCCUACAAGAUUAUCUACCUUCUUUGUGUCGCCUUCGCGCUCGUUCUUGAACACCACAAGACCGAGUUGUUCCACUUUUCGCGUCGACGAGACGCCUACAAUCCCUCGCUGGAUCUGGGGUACGCCCCUCACACCGGUGUUACACCUUUGAAGCCCAAGACCUAUUGGAGGUACUUGGGCUUCUACUUUGACCGCGGGCUCACCUUUCAUGAGCACGUUCGCUACUACGCCACCAAGGCGUUUACCACCGUGCAGGCCAUGCGCAUGCUCGGGAACUCUACUAGAGGUCUCUCGCCUAAACAGCGCCGCCUCUUAUAUCGGUCGUGUGUGGUCCCCAUUGCCACAUACGGCUAUUGUCUCUGGUAUUUUAAUGGCGCUCGCAACAAGGGCGCGAUGAACCAGUUGAAACGGAUGCAGCAAAAAGCUGCUCUAUGGAUCACGGGUGCUUUUCGCACCUCCCCCACUGGCGGUCUUGAGGCUCUAGUGGGUCUCAUCCCCAUCCACCUUAUGCUGAAGAAGUUGGCAACGCGUGCAGUGUAUCGUGUUGCCACCCUCUCGGACACCCACCCUCUUCACUCUAUGAUGGGCGAGGGCCUACUUAAGCGAGCCGCACCACAUGCUCGCUCUGCCGCCUUGAUGACCCCAGCCAUGCGAGGGAAAGUCAAGAGCACUGUCAUGGAAGUGGAUGAGCGCGUUCACACCUUAACUGAGAGUUUCGAGCCCUUUGCGCCCGAAGCUCGUCCAGGCGAUCGGUUACUGGACCGCUAUGUGGACCGUCUCCACUUUGACGAGCGCGAUCCGACCCAGGAUAGGCGCCCAUAUCUAGACGAGCUCAUUGCGAAAGCAAGAGCUGACCCACUAACAGUACUGGCUGCAACUGAUGGCUCUGUCCCUCAGUCCAACCAGUAUCAGGCGGCUUCGGCUGCUAUAAUCUACAAGGGACAUCGCGAGCUCGAGAGGACCCGCUAUGUCUCUGGCAGAGUUACUGCCCCAGAUGCGGAACUCAAUGCCAUCUCGUGCGCAGUGCGCCUUGCUGUCAAGCAGGCAAACUGCCAACAUAUUAUGGUCUUUACUGACUCUAUGGGCUCAGCCCAUAGAGCGGUCGACCCCGGCGUGCAUUCUGGUCAGGCUUUCAGCCUGUCAGUUUGUCGCGUUCUUAAAGAGUGGUUUGAGGCGGACGAUCUCCGUCGCGUAACCUUCGUGUACGUCCCUUCUGCUCUGCGGUGGGACAUCCAUGGUGAGGCACACAAGUACGUCACAGAGCUUAAAGUCAGGGUUGGACGUCGUAAGACGGACAACUCCAUAGACGCGCUACGGUCUCGAGCGGCGCACUCAGUCUUGGAUUCGUGGAGCUCCACUUUCCAAGAUCCAACCUACCGAGGCUCUGAAUUUCUAGAGCUUCAACAGCCUGACGGGCGGCCGCUACAGCCAUCGUACCUCAAUGGGGGACCUUGGCUCUCAACAUUCGGACACAGUAUUACUGAGUUCGCCCGCGUCUGCCGGUGUAUUACUGGCCACGCGCCCAUUGGAGCGUAUUACCGUCGCUUCAAGAUCAACGAGCCUCACGGCUGCACUUGCGGGGCUGCUUUGCAGUCCCGCCAGCAUAUCCUCUUUCGCUGUCGCGAUAGAUAUUCUGUACACUAUCCCCGCUUUCUCGGGGAUAUUGCAUCGUUUAUGAAGCACAACCCUACCAUGUUUGGCUUCAACCGAGACCCCUCGGGUGUCGGAUAA